CCCCAUCCGCUCAAAAUCUUUCCUGCACCACCUCAUGGCGCCCAAUGUUUGAAGAUCAACCACAUUCCUUACCCGUAAUCCAUAAUCCUUCUGAAGCUUCUUACCGUCUCCACCAACCCCCACGCCCACAAAACUGUAACAAGGAUUAGCCAUGAAAUCAACAAGGGAAACGGGUAUCUCCGUGUCGAAGAGGAGCUUCACGAUGAGGCAAGUUUCUCCAGCACACAAUUGCAAAGUCGCUGCGGGGUUGUUGAGGUUGAGAUUGGGACCCCAUUCUAUGUCGAGACUGAUGAGGUGUUCAGUCUACCAUGAUCGGACAUUCUUGAUCCAGAGAUCAACCGUUGACCGGCCACUAGUGACAACCGUCUCCACGCUCCUUCUAGAGAAAGAGACCAUAUGGAGAUCGGACAGUGGAGACGUCGACAACGAAGCAAUGCUGGAAAGAAGAGUUGAAUCAAGGUCGGUUAGAGUAAAGAACCGUAGGCGAGCUUACUUGAAUAAGCUCAUACUUGAUGGCCAGUACUUUUCAGAGGAUGCAAUGAGAGAGAGGGAGCCUUAUUUACAUCAUGAGUAUGUAGGAGGUUUCAGGACCCAGUGGCAGGAGUAUGGCUCGGCCAGGGGAGCGGUGACAGACUGGGUUGGCAAUGAGAGACGCCAACAAGAGGAAGAGGAAGAAGAAGAAGAAGAAGAAGAAGAAGUGAAGAAGGCUGGCAGAUGCGUGCAUUCCACAGAGAUGAUUGUGGACCAUCCUGGUGAAAAUGAUUGUGCUCAAUCCACCAUUAUGGAGCAAAAAGAGGAAAUAGUUUCAUCUGAAGAUAUGCAAGAUGGGAUGGAUCAGUUUACCUACAUCAUGCAGCAGAAGUUUCUCUCUGGGGGAGAUCAUCAGUAUUUAGAUUACUCAAAAAUAGAUGAAGAUGAGACCUUGGAUGAUCAUUGGCUUAGAGAAGUUAACCAUGAUGCUGAGGAGAAGUACUUUGCCGAUGAUUAAGAACAAAAGGCUAGAUUAACAUAUAAUUAAACUGUCAGAACUAGCCCCUUGUUCAUUGGCAGGUAUUUGUUCGUGUAACUUUAAACCUUUUUGCUUGAAACUAUGAAUGGUAUGUGAUCAAGUUGUUUAGAAAAUCUGAGGCUAUUGUGCAAAUCUGACUACCAUCAGGCCUAGAUUUGGAAUUACGUUCUUGAAUGAUUUGCCUUCUUAGGCAGCAGAGAGAAUUACUAGUUAGGAAUUGGAAGGUUAGGCAGGAAAAAACUUACCCAAGCUGGAAUAUA